CGGCGCCUCUGUCAAUUGCGUUUGAAAUCGAAACAGUGCCCCGUAAGUUGCUGUGUCGCUGUCAAGCUGUCACGGGUUUUCAAAGCGCGAAGUGCUCGCGCGUUUUUCUACUGACACCUUCUAAUUUUUCAGUUUUUUUGUAGCACUGUUUUAUUUAUUGUUCCCAUAAAAUAGUUCGCGCUGACCACUUCCCCAAAACACAGCCAUUCCAAGCGCAGCGCUUGGAUAAAAGAAGAAGAAAAUCGGCAAUAAUGGAACGCCAUCGUCGAUGAUGGUCCAGGUGGUGCCACCGUGUUGGCACGUGCGGCACGGACCAUUCAGUGACAUUCGAAAGUGGGACGUGUGGGAGCAAGGACGUUAUUUUGCCUGUUCCUUCUGGACUUCAUUUUCUGGCUAGUAGUGUUUUUUAUAGUCAGGCACCACUGAUCUGGACGUUAGAUGCGCGGUCUUGGCGCCCUGUAGUACGGCCAGCAUGUCUGAACGAGGAGAUGAACUGGACACAACAAAGGCCAUCAUCCGCGCUCUGCUUAUUGCAGAUAAGCGACCGGUGACGGUGAGAAGCUUCCUGUUUGCGUUUAAGGAUAGCGAGGGCCAAGAACUGCCAUACGCAAAGUUUGGCUUUAAAGACCCCUUAAGCUUUCUCCGUAGCAUCCCGGACACUGUACAGUUGUCACAAGUGGGCAGUGACUUCUACGUAAAAGCGACGGUGACGGAAGAGGUCGAGCAUGUCCAGAGGCUGGUCAAAGGUCAAAGGGAUUCGCAUUACAGGUCUUCACGCUCACCGCCGGCGUACAAAAGGCCGAGUCUGUUUCAACCUGCCCAAACUACGCUGUUCACUUCACCACCGCGGCGUCUCCCGCCGAGCCCCAGAUACUAUGACACGCUGGAUCAGGUGAAAAACAACUUGCGCUUACUCCUGGCCGACCACAUGACGAAUGGAAUCAACGUGCGCCAGCUUCAGGAUUGCUACGCCAAGAGAUUUGGCAGCCACAUCAACUAUGCAUCCUUCGGCUACAGCACGUUCGAAGACUUCCUCAUCAGCAUGUCUGACGUUAUGUGUGCCAUACGCAACUCGACCGGAGCUAUGAAGGUGUUUCUCAGCAAGAGAAGCAUUGGUGUGCCACUUCUGCCUUCAGGGAAGCCAUUACCAACUUUCACAGUGCACCAUUCAGCUGGCAAGCAACCUCUGCCAUUUCAAUUCCCUGGCCAGAGAGUCCUGAAGCCCUUGCAGCAACUUGUCAGGACAGCCAACACUUGGCUGCCACUUCAUGCAGAUAUGGAGCCACGAAUGCUGGAUUCAUACCAAAGCAAGUCUACAAAGCAAUCAUUCCAUCAAGAUAUUCAGCCUGCAGGUAUGGCAUCACAAACGCUAAAUUCGCACCAAAGCAGGUCUACAUUUCAUCAAGGUACCAGGCCUGAAACUAUGGCACCACAAAUGCUGGAGUCAUACCAAAGCAGGUCUGCAGGCCAAUCACUCUGCUCAGACAUGCAGCCUACAGGCAUGGAGCAACAACAACUGGAAUCUUUCCAAAGCAGGCCUACAGAGCGCUCACUUCACCGAGAUAUACAGCCUGCAGGCAUCCCACCACAAAUACUGGAAUCAUGCCGCAGCAGGCUUACAGGACACUCAUUCCACCCAGACAUUAAGCCCGCAGUCGGGAAGCCACCAAUGCCAGAAUCGUGCCAAACUGGGCAUACAAAGCCAUCACCCCGUCCAGGGAGUCUGCAAGCUAGGGGACACCGACGAACGCACAAAUCAUCCCGAGGCAGGCUAAGCCCCGUUCCAGAACUGCCUUUGGAGCAUGACGAGUCGCCAACAUCCCCGACUGUUCUUGACGUAGAUAUGCUGGCGCGGCAAACCAUGAUUUCUCGAGCUAGUUCAGAACGUUGGGAGGCAGUAUGCAUCAUGAAUCCUCGACUUGAGACAAAUAUUAAGAAGGUGCUGGGACAACAUCCCGAGGGUGUUUGGCUAUCAAGCUUUGCAAAGUUGUACAAGGAAAUGACAGGUGUCGAGCUGUGCCCUACAGAGUAUGGCUAUGACAACAUGAUGAACCUGAUAGCAGACUUCAGGCACGUGGUUUCUGUGUCACGGCCAUUUUCUGAUGGAGACUUCAUGAUCUGUCUUCAUGCCUCACCCAAAGAGCCGACUCUGGAUAUCAAGAUGGUGAACAUCAUGCAGGUAUUAAUAAGGAUGAGCGGGCCACAGGGCCUGACCUUGGAUGAACUUCUGCAGUUCUAUCAGGAAGUGACAGGGGAAAGCAUGAACCCUGCAGAGCAUGGCUUUACACGCCAGGCAUUUGUUCUCUUCCUCACAGCGCAGUUGAACUUGACAUACGAGUCCCUGGGCAGAGGGCAGUUUUUGCUACAGUCUGCAUGGUCCAGUGAGCAAGUGGCAUCUUUUAAGGCUGAAGCAGCUGGAUCAAUCAAAACUGCUGGAGCUACCAGAACUGCAGAAGUAUCUGAAGAUACUCCUGCUCGGCUAACUGAAGCCACCCAAGCUACUGAAACUGCCCGAACUACGGAAACGGCCCGAGUGACUGACACAGUCCAAGCAACCGAUGCAGCCCGGGCAACCGACACAGCUUGGGAAACUGAAGCCACCCAAGCAACCGGCACAGCCUGGGCGACCGACACAGCCUGGGCGACCGACACAGCCUGGGCGACCGACACAGCCCAAGCAACCGAUGCAGCCCAAGCAACCGAUGCAGCCCAAGCAACCGAUGCAGCCCAAGCAACCGAUGCAGCCCAAGCAACUGGCACAGCCUGGGCAACUGGCACAGCCUGGGCAACUGACACAGCCCAAGCGACCAACACAGCCCAAGUGACUGAAACAGCCCAGGAGACAAGAAGGGUUCCACUAACCAGUACUCUCUGGGAAAUGUAUGGUAUUGAUGUAUAUAAAAAUUCGGAAAUGGCCAAAGAUGCAGAAACAGCUGAAAGCACCGAUUCUGAUGAACUGGAUAAAAUAAUUGUGGAAGCAUUGACUUCUUCAAAGCCUACAAUUGGACGGGUAACAAGCCCCCCACUUAUUAUGUCCAACAACCCAUAUCCCCAACCAGACAAACUGGAAGUGAACAAACACUAUGUUGUAUAUGUGUCGCAAAUAUAUAAUGCACACCACUUCUACAUCCAAAGGAAAGGCACGGAUGCCUCUGUUCGUUUGGAAGUACUCAUGAACAAGCUGGAGUGGGUGUACAAUGGACUCGAAUCCAUUGAUUACCUCAUUGAGGACAAGCUGGUGCAUGUGGGUAUGCCCUGUGCAGCGUCGUAUACCUACAACGAAGGCAACUCAGAUUGGCACCGAGCAUUGGUGGUUGCCCUAGACCCUGACCCCAGCACUUGCCAGGUGCUUUUUGUCGACUAUGGCACACUUGCAGUGCUCCCAAAGAAGAAGCUACGUCUUUUGAGGAAUGACUUCUUUGACCUGCCACCCCAAGCCGUGCGAGCCACCAUGGAAUACUUAAAACCUGCAACUCCUGAAGGCUGGACUCUUGACGCAAAAGCUGCAUUUAUCCAGCUCGUCAGUGAUGACAAAACCGUGGUGUGCAAUGUGUUGAAGCGUUGGGGGCCUCUGCACUCUGUCAGUCUCUGCAUUACAAGCCAACAUCCUGAAGCUUACGUUUCUGAUCUGCUGGUCGAAAAAGGUCUUGCUCUGCCAACCUUGCGUUACAAGCGAAUAAUGGCGCAGCUUAUGGAAGGUGAGCCAUUUUCCACAGUCCUACAAGAGGAUGAUGGCAUUCCAAAUGAACCUUCAUCAGUGAACAGUGGCAGUGAUACCACAGCCCAACGACCAACAGCUGCAGAACACCCAUCCCACUACCCUUUUCUAGCCGACCAGUACCUGCAAGGAGGCCUCAUGCCUCAACCAGCCCAUCUCAUUGUGACAGCUCACAGUUCUCAGCCAUCUGACCAAGCUGAGUCAUGUGACCAUGCUCAGCCUGGUGACCAGACCAUUGCAUCCAAUUCACAAGUAAUCAAUCAUGCUCAGGCACUGGACCAAGACUGUGCUCAUGCUCCGACGAUUGACCAAGCUGAGCAAAUGAAGGGCAUGCCAUUUGCACCACUAGUCCAGCGUAGAGCACCACAGCCAGUUGCCUGUAGCAUACGAAGGCCUAUACCUCAUCAUCCUGAGGAUGUCCCUCGCAAGUUUGUUAUGCCGCGACAGCCUACUAAGAAUUACAUGCGUGAAAUGGUUGCUGUAUGUCAACGCCGAGGGAUUGCACCCCCCAAAGACUGGAAAAAGCUUGCAGAAGAGGAAGAUAUCCGAUUAAGACGAAUCCAUGGGCCAUCGUUUGCUUCCUCAACUGUGCAGAAAUUUACAGAAUCAACGGCACAAACAACCAUGCAGCCAUCAUCACAGGCUGCCUCUCAUUCAAGUGGAGAGCCAGCUGCUCAGUCAUUUAAAUGCCCCGAACCAGCUGUUGCUGCAUCAGCUGUGCAACCGUGCCCACAGUCAGCUGUACAAGAUCCUGCGCAGUCGGGUGGAGAGCCUGCUGUACAGCCAACUGCUAGUCCUGCUGUGCAACCUCCUUUUGAACCAUUUGUGCAGCCAACAUCGGGUCCUGCCAUGCUCUUCCACAUGACACCACCUGCUCACCUGUAUCCACUUCAGGAACCCCAGCCAUCAGUGGAAACUUCUGUGACGUCAGCUCCUGAAGCACCACUGAGUCAGGUGCCUGAAUGCUCAGCCGAUGAGCCUUGUACGACUGUUGAGGACGAGGAGGACUUCAUGUCUGUGCUUCGACGAGAGCUGGAUGGACCUUGCCCUGCUCGUGCUGUCAAACCGGAAUACCUCAAGUCUGGCUACUGCUUGGUGAUCCUCAAUUAUGAGCAAGUGCCAUACAUAACUACUGCUAAUGUUUGUCAGCUCCUUGGAUGGACCUCAGAUGUGAUCCUGCAAAAGCUGGAGGCCAAACGCAUCCGCUUUCCAACACUGGUCCUGAAAAAAGAAGACCAUGGCUGGCUUUUCAAUCAAAUGGCCAGUUAUGACGUUCCUGGAGUGAAGAUCCGCCAACAUCUGGCUCAGCAAGUCACACUCUUUCCAUUGAAAAAUGUUGUCGACUUGCUGAACCUAUUUGAGUGCACAGUGAAGAAAUUGAGGCAGGAAGUCAUGGCGGCCCUGUGUGCAUUCGACCCUACCAGCCCGUACUGGCUUUGUUCGUCCGAUGACAGUGACUCUGAUGAAGGUUCAACUCUGGACAAAGAGCUCGCCAGGCUGCUUAACAUGAGGAAGGAAUUGCACGCUCAUAUCUUGAACAACCAAAUCACUGAUGAGAAAGUUGAUCGCUUGAGCCAUAUUGAAGAUACCAUUGAAAGGCUGGAAAAGCUGAUCUUGGCCAAAGGAGGAAAACUACUUUGCGAGCCAAGCAAGACCUGGUAGUAGUAGUGCCACUUGAGAUUCUGCUGCCUUGCAGACCCAUGGUGCAAAAUCGGAAAGCUCAAGUGAUUUGGGUCACUUUAUGCUGUUGUGCAAAACUUGUGCAAUAACUUGUGCAAUGCAAAUGUGCAUCAAUAAUUUCAUAGUUGCUUCAUUGUACAUUCACUACACAUCAUACAAAGCAUAUGAAAACUUAUAUGGGUAUCUGGCACACUGUAUUGUGCCGUUUUUGCAGGUGUUCAAUUAUUUCAUAGUCAAGUCACUGUAUAUUCUGCAUAGUUCAUGCUAACUUGAAAAUGUAUAUAAUAUGGCACACUGUGCAUUCAUAUUUUAUAUUUAAGUAUUUGUUUUGUUGUAUGUUAACAUACUAUUAUGUUUGCAACAGUACAAAUAAAGAACUUUUGAGAUUUUGACAA